UUUAUCAUGAUUCGUGAUACUGAUUGGCCGAAAUCUGACUUUCAGCUAAUUAGCCCUUCAACUGAACAAGACUGCCAAAAUGCUUGUCUGAAUGAUUGUUUUUGUGCUGUUGCCAUUUAUAGAAGCAAUAGUUGCUGGAAAAAGAAGCUGCCGCUGUCGAAUGGGAGAAUAGACACUAAUCUGAAUUCGAAAGCUUUUAUGAAAAUAAGGAAAGAUGGUGUUCCUGGCCUUCCAAUCCCGGGAUCUCAUCAAAAAAAUAGUUGGCGAAUAUGGGCAAUUUUCGCGUCUUCACUCUUAGGAAGCUCCGUGUUGGUAAAUGUUCUGCUCAUUGGCGUAUUCUGUUGGGGAUUCUUCCACAUUUAUAAAAAGAUAGUGAACGUACUUCGCCCUACAAGUCAUGUGACGGACUCUUUCUGUCAUAGUUUUACGUAUAAAGAACUUGUAGAAGCCACAGACGAGUUCAAGGAAGAGCUAGGCAGGGGUGCCUACGGGAUUGUUUAUAAAGGGGUGAUGUCUGGCGGUUCAAGAAGCGUAGUCGCUAUAAAGAAGCUGGACAGAGUUGCUCAUGAGGCAGAGAAAGACUUCAUGACUGAAGUAAAUGUGAUUAGUCAGACUCAUCACAAGAAUUUGGUCCGUCUGAUUGGAUAUUGUAACGAGGGACCUCAUCGUUUGUUGGUCUACGAGUAUAUGAGUAAUGGAACUCUUGCAAGUUUCAUAUUUAGUGAUCCGAGACCUACUUGGAGUCAGAGGACAAAUAUCGCGAUGGGCAUUGCAAGGGGACUUGCAUACCUCCACGAGGAGUGCAGUACGCAGAUUAUCCAUUGUGACAUAAAACCUCAAAACAUUCUCCUUGAUGACUACCACGUUGCUCGAAUAUCAGAUUUUGGAUUGUCUAAACUGCUGAAGAUCAACCAGAGUCGAACGGAUACUAACAUUAGAGGUACAAGAGGCUACGUUGCUCCAGAAUGGUUUAGGACUAGUCGAGUCACGGUUAAGGUAGAUGUUUACAGCUUUGGUGUACUGCUACUAGAGAUCAUCACUUGCCGGAAAUGUUUGGAGAAUGAGGAAAACUAUGGAACGGAGGCAAUUCUUACGUAUUGGGUUCUGGACUGCUUUCAAGAAGGAAAGUUAGAAACUUUGGUGCAAAGUGAUAUCGAGGGCUUGAAUGACAAGAAGCAGCUCGAGAGGUUCGUGAUGGUUGGUAUUUGGUGCAUUCAGGAGGAUCCAUCGACGAGGCCUACUAUGAGGAAGGUUUGUCAAAUGCUUGAAGGAUCUGUUGGAGUGACUACUCCACCAUGUCCAUAUAAUUUUAGCAAUACUAUUUAACAUCAUAGGCCUCAUUUACGCGCGAUUUCCUCCUCUGUAUGUAUUUCUGCGUUCGAGUUGUCUAGUUCUAUUACUUGCUUUCAUGUUGAGUAUGCAUAAAAUUGUAGUUAUAUCCAUUAUCUCAUGCUUGAAGGGCAUAAGCAGUAGUACUAGUUUUCAUCUUAUGCAUUUACUAGUGAAGAACUAAGCAAAAUUUGGGCAAUCUUAUAGUCGGGAACAACCUCUCUUGCUUCACAAGGCAGUAGUUAAGGCUGCAUGCCCACCACCUUUCCCAGACCCCACUUGUAGGAUACAUGGAAUGUUGUUGUUGUUGUAACCGAGAAAUUGCCCAUUGGUUACUCGGCUCAACCCUAGUGGGUCCACAUGUUUGAAACAUGCGGGGAUUAUGGCCGGCUUCUCUAUCCUACUCCCACUUAAUACCACUCGUCAUGUCCGCAGUAAUGAAGCCAGGAUUUUUUACUAACGGGGUUCAGAAGUAAACAUACGAACUAGUCGAAGGGGGUUCAACGUCUUCUAUAUAUACAUAAAAAUAAUUUUAAUCAUGUAUAAAUAGUAUAAUUUUUUAUCGAAAGAAUAACUAGUCAUAUGCGCUCGAUCCACAUAUCACUCGUUGAACUGAAGUCCGGAGGCAACAAUUUUUGGGCAUCUUAGCAAGAGCGUUCCAUCUUUCACUAGGGGUCUCGAGUCUUUUUUCCUUAUAGUUCAUACUAUGCAAUGUAAAUCUGAAUUAGUCGGACUAAUGUGUCUGAGGAACUGGAGGGUUAAACCAAUAAAAUUUCUGAUACAUACAGACAUAGAUGGCUAUUGCUUAUUUGCUAGUUUUCAAUGGACCAAGUCAACUUUUUUUUUUAAUUGUUACAUAAUUAACUUAUGUGGCUAAAAAUCCAAAUUAUUUUAAUCUUAUGUGUUCCUAUCCAAGGAAAAAUCUGUUGACUUAAUAUGAAGCACUUUCUUUUGAGUCUUGAAUGAAUCAUUAGACUUUUCUUUCCCAUUAUCUGAAUUUUGACUAAGUUUGAAUAACAUGUCAAUUAAACCAAUUGCCAAACUCUUUAGAAAUGUCAAAAAAAGUAAUACAAAAUAGGCAUCCCUAAUUUCCAAGAAGGCAAGAACUCUUUGUUAUUACCUAAGUUGCUCGGACUCUUUAAAAAUGUCUACGAGUGUGUGUUGGAUCCUCCAAAAAUAAUGUAUUUUUGAAGGAUCUGAUACGGGUGCGGCAACAUUUUUGAAGAGUCCGAGUAACUUGAGUUAUCACCUUUUUAGAUAAUGUUGAUACAGGUGCAACAAAAUUUUUGGAGUCCGAGCAACUUGAGUUAUCACCUUUCUAGAUAAUGUUAGACUCGUGUCUAAUAGUUGCUCAUAUAUUUCUCAGCCUACAGAUAAAAUAUCAGACUGUCUGUUUUAUGUUUGUAAUAACUUAUUUAUUGAGAAUGUGGUCUCACACUUUCUCAUAAGAUUUUCUAUUUUCUAAAAAAGAACCAUUUAACAAGUGGAUGGCCAUGAUUUUUGUAACAAAAAGUUUUCUCUUAAUUAAAAGUUCCUUGUAGAUUGGAAAGUCCUAUGUUGUCAAUCAAGAUUUUGGUUCAUAAUAUUCAAAGCCAUCAAUCAUUUAAUAGUGUAAAAGUAUUGACUCUCCAAUUCUUGAAUUCCACUUGUGACUUCAAUAACAAACCCCAAUUUUCUUUUGUUAAAAGACUAUGAGGUAUUUUGAUUAAGCUUUAUAAGCUGGUCAAAUAGACUUUAUAAGUAAUCGCGUAAUUGGAUAGAAGUGCUGAAACAAGCUUAUCGACUAUUUAAGGUGGUUACAUUUCCAUGUUAUUGUACUUGUGAAAUCCCAAAAAAAACAAAAAUAAUGAUCAAAGUGAGUUUGUUACUUUUUCUCCUACUCAACUUGUUGAUUCAUAUUCCAAAUUUUGCAUCGUCACAAACCAAAAAUGAUGUGAAAAUUGGAUCAUCACUCAUUGCUGGUGAUGAUAAAACAUCUCCAUGGAUUUCUCCUAAUGGAGAUUUUGCAUUUGGAUUCCAACAACUAGGUAAUGAAGAUCAAUUCCUAGUGUCAAUAUGGUACAACAAAAUACCAGAAAAAACUAUAGUUUGGUAUGCAAAUGGUGAUAAUCCAUGUCCUAAAGGAUCAAGAAUCGAGCUACUUGCUGAUCGUGGAUUAGUCCUUACUAGUCCACAGCAAGAUGAGACUUUGAUUUCUGAUCCUUUGAUUGGUGUUGUUGCUUAUGGUUCUAUGAAAGAUACCGGUAAUUUCGUGGUUGUUAACAAAGAUUCUGAAAGUUUAUGGGAAAGUUUCAAUCAAAGUACAGAUACAAUCUUGCCAACUCAAGCAUUUGCAGAAGGAUUCAAGAUUUCAUCUCGUCGAUCAGAGACUAACUUUUCGAGGGGUAGAUUCUUGCUCAGGAUGUUUAAAAAUGGGAAUAUUGGAAUUGCUACUGUGAACUUGCCUAGUGAAUAUAUCAAUGAGAACUUUUUCUUGAUUCGUAGCUUCGAUCAGUUGAAUGCAACGAAUUAUCAGUUGAAGUUCAAUGAAUCAGGCCAAAUUUUCCACUUGGUGAACAACAGCAAAGAGGUUGUUCUAUCAAAGGGUGAUAUUGGACCAUCAACACGGUUCUAUCAUCGUGCCACGCUCAAUUUUGAUGGCGUAUUUACUCUCUAUCAGCACCCGAAAGAGCCUAAAAGUACUGAUGUUUGGUCUACUGUAUGGUCAGUUCCUGAUAAUAUUUGCUAUAGUUUUCCUACUCAAAAAGGUACUGGUGUAUGUGGAUUUAACAGAAUUUGCAGACUAAGUAUCGACAAAAGACCGGAUUGUCAGUGUCCGCGAGGGUUUUCACUAGUCGAUCCAGAGGAUGAUUACAAAGGUUGCAUACCGGAUUUCGUGCAGGAGUGUGGUGACAAUCAAGAUAAUGCAAGAAAUGAUCAGGUUGAGAUGGAAACUAUGACGAACAUCGAUUGGCCUACAAGUGAUUACGAGCAACUUCAGCCUUUCGAUGAAGAAAAAUGUAAGACAGCAUGUUUGAAUGAUUGUAUGUGUGCUGUUUCGAUUUUUCGAGAAAAUAGUUGUUGGAAGAAGAAGUUGCCCCUUUCAAAUGGUAGAGUGGAUAAUAGAGUGAAUUCUAAAGCAUUCAUCAAAAGAAGGAAAGGUAACAUUGCUUUAGAAGAUCCUAAUACUUCAAAGCCAAACAAGAAUCAAGAAACUAUCAUCAUUAUUAUAUCAGUGUUCUUAGGUAGUUCUGUUUUUGUUAAUUGCCUACUUCUAGUAGUACUUUCUCUUGUUUUUUUUCUCAUUUAUCGUAACAAAAUCUCAACGUUUGAUCGAAAUGGAAGUACCAUGGAUCAAACAUUGAGGUACUUUUCAUACAAAGAUAUGUCAAAAGCCACAGAAGGAUUCAAGGAAGAACUUGGAAGAGGGGCAUUUGGGAUAGUCUACAAAGGUGUUGUCGAGAUAGGCAGUCCUAUUCCGGUAGCUGUCAAGAAGUUGGAUCGGAUAGUCCAAGACGGAGAUAAGGAAUUCAAGACCGAGGUGAAUGUGAUAGGCCAAACACAUCACAAGAAUCUAGUCCGUUUAAUCGGAUUUUGUGAUGAAGGUCCUCAUAGGUUGCUUGCCUAUGAGUUCAUGAACAAUGGUUCAUUAUCAAAUUUUCUCUUUGGUGAUCUAAAAUUGACAUGGAACCAAAGGACUCAAGUGGCACUCGGGAUAGCAAGAGGGCUAUUGUACUUGCACGACGAGUGCAGCACACAGAUCAUUCAUUGCGACAUAAAACCACAAAACAUUCUUCUUGAUGAUCAUUAUGAUCCAAGAAUAUCGGAUUUUGGACUAGCAAAGUUGUUGAGGAUGGAUCAAACCGAGACUCAAACAGCGAUAAGAGGAACGAAAGGGUACGUUGCACCAGAAUGGUUUCGAAACAUGCCAAUCACAGUGAAAGCAGAUGUGUAUAGCUUUGGUGUUUUGCUACUAGAAAUCAUUUGUUGUAGGAGAAAUGUGGACUUUGAUGUUGGUGAAGAGAGAGCAAUUUUGACUUAUUGGGCUUAUGAUUGUUACCAAGAAGGUACAAUAUAUGAACUUGUUGAAAAUGAUUCUGAUGCAAUUAGUGAUAGAAAAAAAUUAGAAAAAUUUCUAAUGGUAGCUAUUUGGUGCAUUCAAGAAGAUUCUUCAUUGAGACCUACUAUGAAAAAAGUAGUGCUAAUGCUUGAAGAAAUUGUUGAAGUUCCUAGUCCUCCAUGCCCAAAUCCUUAUAGGACUGAAAAUUCUCUUGUAGACGCGGUCUAAGAGAGAAUUUCAUCAAUCCAAAGCACGAAGCAUCCUGCAUUCGUGCAACUCCAGAGGAAAUGUCGCUUCCCGGGGUGUAAUGUUAUUGGUAGCCUACACUGAUGCAAGCAUCAAUAGCUGAUUUCAUGGCUCGAGAACCAAUGACUUAUAGUAUGCCUUGUUGAUCACUUGUGUAUAACAAAUUUGCUAUUGUUUUCUACUUGUUUAUAUUGAUCUAGGGAUAAUUAUUGUAUACAUUUUUAAUCACUUGUAUACAUGCAUAGUUUAGUGAAUAUUGUUGUGAUUAUGAUAUUGAUAAAUUCUUUAUCUAUAGAUAGGUAGAGGUUGUUAGUACUCAUUCUUUACUUGCAACUUGCUAAGUAGCAUACAUUAGGGUUCUUGAUUUUUCCAUUAACUCCAUUAUGACAAUAUACAAAAUGUUUUGUUUUAACUUCUAAUUUAUGAGUAGGUUGAUAUAUAAAAUGCAAAUUUGGGUUAAUUUGGGAGGAUUGAGUUAUCCCUUUACAUAAUUCAUCUUGAUUCUAACUCAUUUUGACCCGGGAAACCUUUGGGUGGGUUAAAUUAUGAUCUAAUAAUUAACUUAAUCCAUUUUGACCUGAUCUGCUCAUUUGCUAACCCUACGAGUACUCCUGUAAGGGGACACCUCAAGCAAUUUCCUACUAGAAAAGUGUUACUGACUUGUUAGAAUUUGAUUUGACAUCAGCAAUAUUGGCUAAAGAAUAGUAAUUUUCAUAUGUACUAUAGGAAAUUGAAAAUUAUUACUUUUUGGUGAGUAUAUGCUUAAUUGAAAAACUUACAAAAUACUUUAGAGUCGAGUGAUUGGACGACUGCAUACUUAAUGUAUACAUUUAGGAGGUUUAUAGUUUUGGGGUGUGGUGGGGUGGGGGGUGCCUAAAAGUUUUGAGAAAAUGCAUAUAAAUCUCGACAGUUUGUAACUUAAUUACAGAUAAUCCCCACAUUUUGCAUAAUUAUUGAAAAGUUUUGAUUUUGGAUUUGUCGAGAUACAUAAUUUGCUCCCGAUACAUCCAACGAAUAUACAUUUUUUCCUUUAUAAAGAUCAAUAACUAGCCCCCAAUACAAUUUUUUUCAAUUUUGGAUCUACCGAGAUAUAUAAUACAUUCAACAAAGAUACAUUUUUUCCUUUGUAAAGAUACAUAAUUUGCUCUUGAUACAUUUUUUCUGAUUUGUCUGUCAAGAUACAUAAUUAGACCCCGAUAUAUCUAAUGAAGAAACAUAAUUAGUUGUGAUUUUUGUAAUUACUUUGUCAGGGUGGAAAUUUAUGUAAAUAUGAUAAGAUAAGGUGUAUGUUUAUGUUAUUUUUUCAAAAAUUUUACACACGCCUAGUCUUGGUAC